AUGGAGGAGGGCUCCCUCAAAAGUAAAAAUGACAAAGGAUACAACUCCAAGGCCAAGGCGUCUGUAAGCAGCUGGAACAAAGUGAUUCAGACCAAACUCACUGUGGGCAGCCUGGGAUUGGGCCUGGUCAUCAUCCAGAAUGGGCCGUACCUCCAGAUUAGCCACCUCAUCAAUAAAGGGGCCGCAGCCAGUGAUGGAAUACUCCAGCCAGGUGAUAUUCUGAUUAGUGUUGGACAUGCCGAUGUGUUAGGAUAUACCCUUCGUGAAUUUUUAAAGCUUUUGCAAAAUAUUACCAUAGGAACAGUACUACAAAUCAAGGUUUACCGAGGCUUUAUUGAAAUACCCCAAGAAUGGCAAGAUGUAUAUGAUUUAAUCCCUGAGACCAAAUUUCCAAUCCCACACACACCAAAGAAAACAGAACAGGCAAAAGAGUCUUUUGUAAGCGAUGACCAUGAAGAUGCAGUUUUAGAUAAAAGACUGAAGUAUUACAGGUAUCCUCGAUCAGUCUGGAAUCACCCUGUAAGGACACCGAUAUCAAUCUCCACAGAAUGGCAUGGGUAUAAAAAGAAGGACCAUACUAUUAGUGUUGGCAAAGAUGCUAACUGUGAUGUAGUAAUUCAUAAGGAUGACAACAAAGAACUGAGGGCCCCUUCUCCAUACUGGGCAAUGACAGAGCAAGACAAAACCGUCUCCUCCUCCUCCUCCACAGCUGCUUCCUCCAUCUCAGAUGCCUUUUGGCUGGAGGAUUAUGCACAGGUUGAGGAGGGCAAAGGUAAAUAG